AUGCCCCUCGUCCCCGGCAUCACCAGCAACUCCUCCAACAAGACGGAGGAGUGGCAGAACAAGCUCGUCGGCAAGAAGUUUUCCGAGAGCGAGUCCAACGAGACGAUGUUUUGCAAAAAGGACCUCCCCGAGCAGCACCGCGUCAUCAAGCCCGGCCAGAUGGUGACCAAGGACUUUCACGAGGACCGUCUCAACGUGCACCUGGACGAGAGCGGCGCCGUCUCGCACGUCACGCACGGUUGA